AACAAGUGAUUAUUGAAAAUGAAAAAGAUUUGAAAAUGAAAAGAGAAGAAGCAUGGGGAAAUGAAUAGGAAAGAAAGAAGAAGGAUCGGAUAGUUUGUCAAAGAGAAAUCAGUUCUGUUUUUCAGAGUGUGCCUUUAUUUUAGCGUUUGCGCAUUUCAUGGAGUAAAGCGCGUCGGGCGGCGGCAGUAGUUAACGAAUCCCGCGGCAGCAGUCGAUAUUCUUACGCGAACUGAUUAGCCACGAAGUUUUCUCGCGCAAGUAUAUUCAAAACCGACUGUUAAAACACAUUUAAACGUGAGAAUAUAACUAAAGAAACAUCCUUUUAAAGAAAAAGAAAUAAAACAAUAACAAGAAUAGUAAUAAAAGAAAAAAGGAAACAAGUGAUAAAAUAAAAAACACGAAACGAAGAAAAGAGAAAUAUAAAUCGAAGAAAAGGAAAUAUAAAUCGGAGGAAAAAAAAAAAUACGUCGAUUAGCUCGAAACAUCGAUACGAUAACAAUAUUCUGGAGGAGAAGUUUGUCAUAGACUGUUUCAAUGGUCGGUGAUUUAUGUCGAGAGGUUGUGACAGCAUACCUUUAACAAUCGCUGUUGUCAGUGAAGAGGUUGCAAAAGUGGCGAUAAACCAGCAUCGAUCGCGCUGACUCGUCGCAUUCUCAGCCGGGUUUUCCUGCAAGAGGUCGGGCUACGGUAAAAGACGAGGAUAGAGAACGGUAAAAGAGUAAGAAGGAGAGAGAGUCUGAGAGAAGAUAACCAGACAGAGUGAGGCAGAGAGAGAGAGAAAGAGAGUGUGCGCACGUACCCGUAGGAAGGAAAGUAGGGAAAACUUGGGGUGGGAGAUAGAGGGUAAUAGCGAGCAAAAGACGGGAACCAGUGGUGUACGAUUGUUGGUGGACGAUAUUAGACAGCCAGGAUAGAAGAUAAAUCGGGUUAAAUAAUACGGUUGAAUUGUUCGCGUAAUGGCGUGGGGAUAUUGGAGCGCAACGUCAGUCAGCGAUCGGGGUCGGUCACCCCGUCGUGACAAGGAUAAACAACAGCAUCAGACAUUGCAUCAGCAGCAGCAACAACAACAAUAUCACCAGGCUGAAACGGGUGUUUCGCAGGGGAUGUACGGUGUGCAGCAAGUACAACAAGGUGAGCUCGCCGAUGUCAGCUCCUCCUCUGCCGUCUCUACAGGGCCCGGUGUUAGUGCCGGUGCCGCAGUGGAGGAACCACCCUGCAGUAUAAUGAUACAGGGUGGUUCCUUCUAUUCUUAUUCGGCGGCCACGGCGGCAGUUGCGGCUGCGGCUGCUGUUGGGCGUAGAAUACCUUCCGCCAUAGGAGAAGGAGGACCUUCCACUUCUUCGACGGGUAUACAAGUUUUGCCGAGGGAUCGACCGAUCAAAUCGAGUACCAGCACUUAUCCACCAUCGCCGAGCAGUGAUUCAGCCGAGUACGAGCAACCGAUAGCCGGUUUACGAGCCGAAUGUUCGCCCCAUAACAGUCCCCACGACGAUAUAUUCUCACAGCCUGGCACCUCCUCGUCCAGGAUUAAACUUUUAUGUGACAAGGGUAUCGACGACACGUCCGAGGUCGAUAUCGAUGAAGUAACCGCGACGGAGAUGAUGUACGCGACCGCUAAUCGAGUUAUAGGGACUAGUACGUGUCGUGUUCAUGGACCGUGUAAUCCACUCCCGGAUUCUGCACCACCUAUGCCGCCUCUGAUUGACGAUACAACCGGAUCCUCGGAAUUUUGGUUCAACGACAUCACCUGGGUUUUUCCUAACGUGCCACCUGCGCCAGGAAUGCCCUGUCAGGGAGAAGACAGAAGCAUCUACAGACGCGGCGCACGUAGAUGGAGGAAGCUGUACCGAGUGAAUGGUCAUAUAUUUCAAGCGAAACGUUUCAAUCGGCGAGCGUUUUGCGCAUUCUGCCAAGAUCGGAUUUGGGGGCUAGGUCGGCAGGGGUUCAAGUGCAUUCAAUGCAAGCUUCUGGUACACAAGAAAUGUCACAAGGUGGUGCGCAAGCCAUGCUUGAGUGUGCAACAGCAACAGCAACAACAGAUGCCAAGCACAGAAUCGCAGACGAUCGACAGGAACGGCGAUCAACAACAGCUUGAUUCUGUUCAAUGCAGCCCCGUAGCUCAUCUCGAGGAUGAGAUCUCAGAAUCGGCAAUUAUCGAGGAGCAUUCACGCAAUCGAACCGGAAGUGAAGAAAGGGAGGAAUUGCCACUGGAUACGUUAAACGAUGCAGAUAAUUCAAAUGAUAUGCAGAGGCAAUACUCGUUAAAUGAUUUCGAACUGAUUAGGGUAAUCGGUCGUGGUUCCUACGCGAAAGUUUUGAUGGUAGAGUUAAAACGUACAAAAAGGAUUUAUGCAAUGAAAGUAAUUAAAAAAGCCUUAGUAACGGACGACGAGGACAUAGAUUGGGUUCAAACGGAGAAACACGUGUUCGAAACCGCCUCGAAUCAUCCUUUCCUCGUUGGACUUCACUCAUGCUUUCAGACGCCUUCUCGCCUGUUCUUCGUGAUCGAGUUCGUACGCGGCGGUGAUUUGAUGUUCCAUAUGCAGAGACAACGCCGUCUUCCCGAGGAGCAUGCUCGAUUUUACGCAGCUGAAAUCAGUCUUGCUUUGAACUUUUUGCACGAGAAAGGUAUCAUAUACAGAGAUUUAAAAUUGGAUAAUGUAUUACUUGAUCACGAAGGACACGUAAAAUUAACUGAUUACGGAAUGUGUAAAGAAGGCGUUAGAGAGGGUGACACAACCGCCACAUUUUGCGGCACUCCGAAUUAUAUUGCACCCGAAAUAUUGAGGGGUGAAGAUUAUAGCUUCUCUGUAGAUUGGUGGGCGCUUGGUGUACUUCUGUAUGAAAUGCUUGCAGGUCGUAGCCCGUUCGAUAUCGCGGGCGCAUCAGAAAAUCCAGAUCAAAAUACCGAAGAUUAUCUGUUUCAAGUUAUUUUACAGAAGACAAUUCGUAUACCAAGAUCAUUAUCGGUCAAAGCAGCAUCAGUUCUUAAAGGUUUCCUCUGCAAAGAUCCAAAUGAAAGAUUAGGGUGUGGCAAGAGACCAACUGCUUUUCUUGAUAUUGUUGCCCAUCCCUUCUUCAAAGCCAUAGAUUGGGAAAUGUUGGAACAAAAACAAGUAACACCGCCAUACAAGCCAAGAUUAGAUUCUGAUCGUGAUUUAGCCAAUUUCCCACCAGAAUUUACAGAUGAACCAGUACAUUUAACACCAGAUGAUCCGAGAGUGAUCGACAAGAUCGAUCAAAGUGAAUUCGAGGGCUUCGAAUAUGUGAACCCGUUACUUAUGUCUUUGGAAGACUGCGUGUGACAAGAACCGCUUGUUAUUGUGCCACGUCACACUCAAAAUCAGCAACAAUUACAUUCGUGUUAUAUGUAUGAAUUACAAGAUAAAUUUGCGAAACUCCGAAUCGAUCCCCUUUUAAAUAUCAGCUCAAGAAAUCGAGGUUAUCAUAACAAUGUUUUUUUAAUGACAUAUUCUGAAGAGAAUGAGAACGACAAUAAUUAUAACGAAUAUCGGUUAUCACCACCUUUUCCAUUUCGAUACGAAAAUCCGAUAUGCUCCAGUUCUCUAAGUAUUACAGACGUGACGUACGGCUUUAGCAAUAAUAAUGAGAUCAUUAGUAACUAUGAUGAACACAAUUAUGACGAUGAGAAAGAUGAAAGUCCGAAAAAAGGACUCUUAAAGCAAAUGUUUUGCCUUCCAUUAAAUUAAGCUAAAUAAGGCUUAUUUAAUAUUACGAGAUUGCCUCUAAUCAAUAGUUAAUAUAAAUUUUGUAGAUUGCAAGAGAUUUGUAACCUGCAACGGUUAAAGUUUACAGAAUCCUUAUAUUAAGUAUUGGACGAAAAAGUAUUUAAUUUGCGCCACAUAUUAUACAUGAAUCGUGUUGAACUCUUCUUUCACAUGGUGCUGCAACUUAAACGUAUUAAUGGGUAUUAUUUCCAGCUAUUUUUAGAAGAGAAAUUAAUUAAAAUGGAAAAUGUACCUGACUGCUUCGAUUAAUCUCGUAGAUAAUAUGUCAUUCCGUUGCGCAGUCGUUCUAUUAAUAUUUACAAGCAUUGUAUGAUCUACUAUAUUGCUUGCAUGAAUGUAUUCACUAAAAACCAUAGCAACAAAAUAUUUCUAACGAACUUAUAUCUAUUUAAAAAAAAA